UACUUAGAGCAGAUACACCACUCGGCAGAUGCUCCAAAAUGUAAGGAAAAAUAUCCUUCAUUGAAGUUCCCUUACAGUGGCUAUGAGUAGACUAUGAAUGCUACAAAAUAAUGAAAUGGUUUUUGGACAUUUCAGGUGCUGUACCUCACAUACCCCAUAUUUGGUUUAUUAAUACUGGGGGGCAAAAUCGCAACUUCCGGGGUCCUUCAAUAGGGAAAAAUGUACCUCUCCGUCAUGAGAAGAUACGCUGGAAGUCUGAUAUGCCACUGACAGAGGGACAGGUCCGGAGCAAGCGAGAUGAAUUUUGGGACACAGCUCCGGCCUUUGAAGGGCGUCGGGAAAUUUGGGAUGCUCUCAAAGCAGCAGCGUUAGCUGUGGAGAACACAGAAUAUGAAUUAGCUCAAGCCAUCAUCGACGGGGCAAAUAUUAUGUUGCCGAACGGAACACUGACAGAUUGUUAUGAUGAGCUGGGCACCAGGUACCAAUUACCAGUAUAUUGCCUUUCAUACCCACUCAACAUUCUUCAACGUUCCCCUGACAAAGAUGGAGAAAUUGAUGCAGGAGAAGGCAGUGUAGAAGGAGAAGAAGUGGUCCUCAAAGUUCGCCUCUCCACGACAAGCAAAGAUGUUAAAUUGACAGUCCGAUCCACAGACACUAUUGCUACAGCUAAGAAGAAACUUGAUGUAAGUAUGCUUUGUCCUCUUGAAAAGUUUUUUGUUCCUACAGAAAUACAGGCCAUCACCUUAUUUAUAGGAGUGUCCUUCAGCGUGAGCUGA